AUGCGCCCGCGUCGAUCACACGCAGCAUACCAUAUGCGCACGGCGGCGUCCCCAUCCAUGGGUGAUCCCCCGACGGGAAAGCUCAGCGUCUCCCUCUUUAAAACCCUCGCCCCCGGCCCCGUACGCACGCAGUUGGUCACAGGCACCUCCAAGUCCAAACACAGGCGAAGAAUGGCGAGCCUGAGCGUGCCUCCGGUGCUCACGUCCCCGCGCCAUGACGCCAUCGCCCUCCACAGGGCCUUCAAAGGUUUUGGGUGCGACAGCACGACGGUGAUCAACAUCCUGGCGCACCGCGACGCGGUGCAGCGCGGGCUCAUCAUGCAGGAGUACAGGGCCAUAUACCACCAGGACCUCUACCAUCGCCUAUCGACCGAGCUCAGCGGGAACCACAAGAAGGCGAUGCUGCUGUGGGUGCUGGACCCCGUGGGCCGCGACGCCACGAUACUGAACCAGUCCCUCAACGGCGACAUCACCGACCUGCGCGCCGCCACGGAGGUGAUCUGCUCCCGGACGCCGUCGCAGCUGCAGAUCAUGAAGCAGGCCUACCGCGCCCGCUUCGGCUGCUACCUCGAGCAGGACGUCACCGAGCGCACCUACGGCGACCACCAGAAGCUUCUGCUGGCCUACCUGGGCAUCCCGCGGUACGAGGGCCCGGAGGUGGACCCGUCGGCGGCGGCGCGCGACGCGAGGGAGCUCUACCGCGCCGGCGAGAAGCGGCUGGGCACCGACGAGCGGGCCUUCAUCCGCGUCUUCACCGAGCGCAGCUGGGCGCACCUCGCCGCCGUCGCCGACGCCUACCACCACCUCUACGCGCGCUCCCUGGACAAGGCUGUGAAGAGCGAGACGUCGGGCACCUUCGAGUUGGGGCUGCUGACGAUCCUCCGGUGCGCCGAGAGCCCGGCGAGGUACUUCGCCAAGGCGCUGCACAAGGCGAUGAAGGGGCUGGGCACAAGCGACACGACGCUGAUACGGGUGGUGGUCACCAGGGCGGAGGUGGACAUGCAGUACAUCAAGGCCGAGUACCACAAGAAGUACAAGCGCUCGCUGGCCGACGCCAUCCACUCCGAGACCUCCGGCAACUACCGGACCUUCCUCCUCUCCCUCGUCGGCCGCGACCGCUAA